AUGGAUGAUAAUAUACCGCAGAUUCUCGAGAACGAAGGUGUAGUACACGCCGUUCUGUCGGAGAAUCUAGGUUACCCGUGCGAUCGAUUUAUUCCAGACUACGAGCUUCUGCAUGAUGCCAAUUGUUGGGAAGAUAUCGAAAGCGAGCUCGAGCAGGGUGCCACAGCAGAUGACGAAUUAUUCGAGAUUAAGUCUGACCGCACAGAUCGCCAGCUUUCGCUCUACCUAUCGCAUCUCAUGGAACGUGGCGAACAUAGUUCUCGAGGAAUAUAUGUAGCAUCUAUUGCUAUAAAGCACAACCCUGCAAACUAUACUGCGUGGGCGUAUCGCAUGGAAUGCGCAGAAACGCUGCAGUUGUCGCUGGCUGACGAAAUGGAUUUUGCUCGGAAGAUUGCGUACGAGUCGCCCAAAUCAUACCAGGCGUGGCAAUACCGGAGGCGCCUGUGCGAGCUGCAUGAUGACCCUUACAACGAGCCUGAGUAUGUCAAACUAGAGAUAGCAUCGUCGCCCAAGAAUCACUGUGCGUGGUCUCACAUAACAUGGUUGAUGACUCAUUUUGAUAUGGAUCGGGAUAAGCUACACAAAGAGCUCGAGUUCGUGGCAUUCCUGCUAGACAGUGAUGUAUACAACAACACCGCAUGGGUGUACAAAUCGUUUCUACUCAACAAUUAUGGGCAUAUGUUGGAGGACACGACACAUGUACAGGCCUAUGUAUCUGACCUACGGCGGAUGCUGGCGUCGCCGUGGAACGAGAGCCUAUCGCAGUAUUUGGUGGCGACGUACACAAUGUUAGAUAGGAAGCAUAACGGAUGCUUGCAUCUAGAUUCCUGUAUUCAUGGGUGUCUUGGCGACCUAGCCGCGUGCUCCGUUGCGGCUAUUGAUUCACGUAGCGAAACCACACCUGCACUUCUUACAUUGAAGCGCGAAGUUCUGCGUGACAAGGAACAUAUAACACACAUGCUGAACAUAUGCGAUCCACUUCAGUUAUGA